UCCCCCCGAAGGUUCCGCCGACAAGAAUGGACUCAAUGCGAUGCCCUUCCUAGGCCAAAUCCACACCAGUCCUCUGCUGUCCCGCCCAAUGGGUCCAAUAGGUCACGCUCACCCCCCCACCUUCCCUCCGAUGGGAGAUUCAGAGGGAUUCAAUGCUUUGCCACAGAUGGCUUCGAUGGGACCACCGCCCGUGUUGAGCUCCCUCUGGACAGGCGGCGCUUCUCCGGACAGCCGCGGAGACUACUACGACGACCCCCACGAAGAGAAUUCCGACUACCGCUACGAGGGCGACUACGAAGGCGACUACUCGAUGCCCACCGAGGAGGACCAAGAGGAGGAGUCGUGCUCCUGUCAGAGCCAGACCUGUCAGAGCCAGAGCGAGUUCAGCUCGAUAGAGCGCACCGAGUCGGACUCGGAGUGGGAGGAGCUCUCCGACGGCCCUUCCCCCAGGGUCUCCCCGCUGUAGUCCCUCGGCGCAGUCGUGCUCU